CUUCGAGUGAAGUGUUUGUCGCAAACAACGCAACGAUAUUUCCCCACAGAAUCGUGGGUCGCCAAAUGUCUCCUGAGAUUCUCGCUACGACUGAACCUUUUCGGACAGCGACUGCAGCAGAAAUCUUUGCCGAAUAGGCCUAAGUUCUGACUCGGCUCUGGCAAGUUGGGCAUGGACGUGCGCGUUGAUCUUGGUGUGGAGGAAAAACUUCUAGACAAUCCCAUCCCGUGCAUUUCGAGCUACCAAACCCCAGGUUCGAUCCACCAUAACGUUCGGAUUCAAUCAAUGUGGAUCGAAGGGGGUCGGAUAGAUUUCUGGGGGCGCGGUGUUGGAAGGUGGACGGAAGACGUGGACGUGGACGGCGGUGUGGAAGACCAGAUCGCAACUUGAAAGUCCUCGCAAGUGGACGUGAACAGACGUUAAUAUCGGGAAGACGAUCCCAGAUGGAGAGCGGUCGUAUAUCAAGUAACUGCCGUUCGUGCAACUUUCGACCAGGAAGAAUCCACGAACAAGUUGCGACUCGCUUGGGAGACAUACGGCCAGUUCUGCCACCGAGAGCACUUUCCCUCCCAUUGCCCAAAAUGAGCCACGUCGUGACCACCACCGUUGCAUUACCACUCUCCUUGGACGACAAAAAUUCUAAGAAUAAUGCUCGAGAAACGGUGAUAGACGUAGACGACUUACCGUCUCCUUCAUUUGACCGAUCGGUACAUGAUCUGACUCUGGAAGAAAAAUUGGACAUUCUCUCUGGAGUCAACUUCACACAUACCAGCGGUGUACCCCGCCUCGGUAUACCGCCAUUAAAGGCCGUCGAUACCAUCACAGGUGUCAAAGGCUCCGAACACUUCCAAACACCAACACUUUGUUUCCCCAGUGCGACAUGUAUGGGAGCAACAUGGAACGUCGACCUGCUCAGCCAAGUCGGGUCCAAACUUGCAUUUCAAGCCAAAUCAAAAUCAGCACAAGUUCUCCUCGGUCCUGUUUUGAAUCUUCAUCGCGAUCCUCGUGGUGGUAGAAACUUUGAAAGCUUCAGCGAGGAUCCACUGCUUGCAGGCGAGCUUGCAGCAUCUUUGGUAAAUGCCAUUCAAGCUGGAGGAGUAGCCACUUGUCCGAAGCACUUUGUUGGAAAUGAGAGUGAGACGAAAAGAAGAUUCCACAAUGUGGCUGAGAAUCUGGAUGGGAGAACGAUGCGGGAAAUCUAUCUUGCUGCGUGGCAAGUCAUGCUCCGGAAAUCUAAUCCAGCGGCUAUUAUGACUGCAUAUAAUAAAGUAGGCGGAAUAUUCUGCAGUGAGAACUCAAAGCUCAUCAAAGAUUUGCUCCGCGGUGAGUGGGCUUAUGAUGGAACACUCAUGUCCGAUUGGUAUGGUACACGUUCUGGCGUACCUGCCCUCCAGGCUGGUCUAGACCUUGAGAUGCCAGGCCCGACUAUUCACAGAACCUCCAUCAUUCUUGAGAAGAUCAAAAAUGGCGAGCUUGAUAUUUCAGUCUUAAAUGAACGAGCUGCAAAAGUCAUGAAUUUGAUCAAGAAAACCAAAGAUUGUUACUCAGAAAAAGAAGAGAGAUCACUUGUUGAUGAAGAGGCCAACCAGUUGGCAAGACGUGUUGCAACGGAGGGAAUUGUUCUGCUACAAAACCGAAAGUCUGUUCUACCACUCCGAAAGUCUCAACGGCUAGCAGUUGUUGGCUCUCAGGCUACAGUCCCAUCAAUUUCGGGAGGAGGAAGCGCAGCUGCCCCACCACAGUACACACAACGUCCCCUGGACAGCAUUCGAGAACUUUCGACAAACCCUGAAAAUAUCCACGCAGCCAAUGGUGUCAAAAUACACAAUGUCAUUCCCACCAUUUCACUCGAUCAGAUCUUCGCACUCGAUGGAAGUAAUGGCAUCAACGUUCGAUAUUUCAAUAAAGGAUCGAACGAUCCUGUCAUUGAUGAGAUUCAUGCAUCACCAGCAGCAGUGAUGUUUGGCCGAUUGCGAGAUGGACUGAAACCUGAAGCUUUCCAUUACGAGAUAUCCACGACGGUCAUCCCAAAAAGCACUGGCCUUCAUACUAUUGGGGCACGAACGACAGGAACGUGCGUAGUGAAAGUCAAUGGCAAAGAGGUUGCACAGAAAACUAUGGUUGGCAUCGAGGUUGAAGAUUUUCUCUUCCGACCACAGAAUUUACAGGUGUUGGCCAAAGUCCAGAUGACAGCUGGCGUUCCAUACUUCGUCGACUUGAUCGUGCAACCGCACAAGCCAUCCUUUGCCACUGGCGAGCCAAUAAUUCAUUCAGCCAUGCUCUGCUACAUGGAAGAAUUCUCCGACGACGACGCCAUAGCUGAAGCAGUCAAUAUCGCUAAAGACGCGCACGUGACACUUAUCUUCGCCGGUCGAACACCUGAGCAUGAGUCUGAAGGUUUUGAUGCUACGGAUAUGUCACUUCCGGCGAGCCAGGUCAAGAUGAUCAAAGCAGUUGUAGCUGCCAGUCGUCGGAGUGUUCUCAUCCUUAGCUGUGGCAAUCCUAUCGACGUUCAAGACUUCGUCGAGGAUGUCGACGCAGUCGUGAACGCCCAUUUCCUGGGCCAAGAGGGUGGUUCUGCUUUGGCGGAGAUUCUGUAUGGUGAAGCAUCUCCGAGCGGCAAACUCGCUGUCUCCUGGCCAAAGACACUCAAAGACUCUCCGUCGUAUCCCUACUACCCAGCUACGGAGAAUGCUCGAGGAAGUUGGGAGAUGACCUGUGGAGAAGGACUUGGUUUAGGCUACAGACAUGAGUGGACACCGAGAACUCUCCAAUGGCCAUUUGGCUUCGGGUUGAGUUACACGAACUUCGAGAUUUCGUCUCUCCAAGUCAGUCGCUCCAACGCCACAGAUGCACCGGACGAGGGUGAGCUCAAGAUUGAGGUUGUUCUUUCGAAUACUGGAGUGGUGGACGGGUCAGAAGUCGUCCAAGUUUACGUCGAAGAUGUUGAAAGUUCUGUCUCACGGCCGCGGAAAGAAUUGAAAGGGUUCACAAAGGUUCAUAUUGCUACUGGAAAAUCGGAGAGAGUCAGCAUCACGCUCAAAGACAAGUAUGCUUUCGGGUUCUGGGACGAGUCAACGAAGAUGUGGAAGUGCGAAGCUGGGGUGUUUAGGCUUCACGUGGGGGAAUGUGUUGAGAGUGUGAUUCUAGAGCAGGAUCUUUUCUGGUCCGGAUUGUGAUUAUCAAAUGGAAGGAUGUUUGGUAAUCCAAAGGCUGUGUGUAAUAGUCUGUGAUACUGUUUCGAUGAGGCUGCUGCACGGUGCCCCGCAGGUGGGGGAUAAAGGAUGUUCAAUGGGAACGGAGGGCCAAGAUCACCCGCCCCAUGCAGCAGUAAUUUGUACAUAGAUUCAUAGAUUCAUACAGACUCGAAUGAAUGAUACUCC